ACUUCGAGGUACGAGCCUCACGAUACAUGGUUGGAAAACAUUGUUAGAAUCUCGUGCUAUUCUAAUAUUGUCAUCCUUUUCUCGGUCGGUAACGACGUCGCCCAGCAGCCUAUAAAUCUCGAGGACCAACGUUCAAUAUGGCAGCUGCACUACCAUCGCCAGACCAGUUUCCACCUGGAUAUUUGGAGGAGAAUAAUGGCGGGCGAGUUAUUGCUGCCGCUACUACUAUAUUGGUCAUAACCACCAUUCUCUUUGCGUUGCGACUCUACGCUCGAAGUUUGACAUCAGCCGCGCGAGGGUGGGACGACCAUGUAUUGAUUCCGGCCUAUAUACUCCUCCUUGGACUAAUAGGGAGCCUCUAUGCCGAAGUGUUACAGGCGGGCUUGGGCAGGCAUGUCGCCUCUGUUAUGAUGGAAGAUCCCAAGAAAGUAAAUCGAUACCUCAUGCUGUUAUACAUAUUAGAUUGGUUCUACGUACCGUCCAAUAUGUUGUCACGAGUCUCCGUCGUCGUCUUGUACUUGCGCAUUUUCACCGACAAGUGGGCACGGAUCGCUUGUUACGCAGUCAUUGGAUUUUUAGUCGCCAACUGCCUCGCUACCAUCAUCGCCGCCCAGCUCGAGUGCACACCCCUUGCAUACACGUGGGACAGAAGCAUCCAAGGCGGUAAAUGCUUCAACCAGCUACUCUGGUACCAGCUUACGAAUUUCCCAAACAUCUUAGGUGAUGUUUUGAUUAUGAUUCUACCGAUUAGAACCAUCUGGGGACUCAAGGCCUCAGUUCCGCGAAGGGCCGGCAUUGCAGCUGUCUGUCUGACCGGCAGUAUCGGUAUGAUAGCUUCUUGCGUGCGCACCAGCGUGUUUUAUACCAAGGGCGAUGUGAUAUUAAAUGACCCGACAUUUGCCGAUGAGGCAUUCUCGUGGACGGCAAUCGAAUGUGGCAUGUACUUUUCAGCUGCCUGUCUGAUUGGAAUGCGACCACUUUAUUCUCGCCUCCCAGCUUUCCUUAAAACUCGAUUUCCCAACGCAACCGAAAAGGUUGAAGGUGCACUCUCCCACCAGGCCGACAGACUCCGCCUGAAGAGACCUUACAACAGUGAUUAUUCGAGCAUACACGGUGAUGAGUCGUCAGGCUCGCGGGGUAGGGGAUCAGUCCAACAUCCCCAGGCUGCGAUGGUACCGACGUAUCAAACACGUGAUGACUUUAUGAGAGAUGCCAACCGAAGCCAGAUAUACGUUGAGACGAAUAUCGAGAUAAGACGAGACUUCGAUCGAUAUUAUCCCUGAUAUAGUUCCGGUCAAGAAUUAUUCACACUACUCUAAGCAGGCUAAGAGACGACAACACCAAUAUAUAUAAAUGGUAUUAAACCGCCUA